AGAGAGAGAGAGAGAGAGAGAGAGAGAGAGAUGGAAGGAAAAGAAGAGGAGUGGAGGAAGAAUGCAGACACCCACAAGAUGAGUCCAGAGGAAGUGAAGAAAGCAGGUGUGGAGGCAUCCAAGAGGCCACCAGGGCACGACCCAGGAGGUGUGCUGCACCAGAGAAGGAAAUUACCAUACAGCCCUUUUGCCAUGGCUGUUGGUGGUUUCCUCGUCGUCGCCACAAUCGGAUAUUUCACCUUAUACAUCAAGAAAAAGCCUGAAGCCAGUGCUCGAGAAGUCGCCAAAGUGACCACCGGUGUUGCAACGCCGGAGGAUACCCGCCCCCGGAAGUAGGCGUUUAUUUGACAGAGUUGAUGGUCCUGCUUGAUAUAGUUGUCUGUUCUGUGAAGUU